AUGCCCUGCUUCGAGAGCAGGUACGGCUUCGUGGAGUUCGAGGACUCCCGCGACGCCGACGACGCCGUUUACGAGCUGAACAGCAAGGAACUGUGCGGCGAGCGCGUGAUCGUAGAGCACGCCCGGGGCCCGCGCCGCGACCGCGACGGCUACAGCUACGGAAGCCGCAGUGGUGGAGGUGGAUACAGCAGUCGGAGAACUUCUGGCAGAGACAAAUAUGGACCACCUGUUCGUACAGAAUACAGGCUUAUUGUAGAAAAUCUUUCUAGUCGCUGCAGUUGGCAGGACUUAAAGGAUUUCAUGCGGCAAGCAGGAGAGGUGACUUAUGCAGAUGCCCACAAAGAACGCACAAAUGAGGGUGUAAUUGAAUUUAGAUCCUACUCCGACAUGAAGCGUGCUUUGGAUAAACUGGAUGGCACAGAAAUAAAUGGCAGAAAUAUUAGGCUUAUUGAAGAUAAGCCACGAACAAGCCAUAGGCGCUCUUACUCUGGAAGUAGAUCCAGAUCACGGUCUAGAAGACGGUCACGGAGUAGGAGUCGCAGGAGUAGCCGCAGUAGAUCUCGAAGUAUCUCAAAAAGUCGCUCCCGAUCUAGGUCGCGGAGCAAAGGUCGAUCCCGGUCCCGCUCAAAAGGCAGGAAAUCCAGAUCAAAGAGCAAAUCUAAGCCCAAGUCUGAUCGGGGUUCCCAUUCACACUCAAGAAGCAGAUCUAAGGAUGAGUAUGGGAAGUCCCGAAGUAGGUCACGUUCUCGGUCCCCCAAAGAAAAUGGAAAAGGCGAUAUAAAGUCAAAAUCCAGAUCCCGAAGCCAGUCUCGAUCCCAUUCACCUCAGCCUGCUCCACCUUCAAAGGCUCGUUCCAUGUCCCCUCCGCCAAAAAGAGCUUCCAGGUCCCGUUCUAGAUCUCGUUCAAGGUCCAGAUCAAGUUCCAGAGAUUAACCCUGAACUCUAUGUUCUUUGCACACUAUAACGGAACACUUUCCUACUUGCUUAGGCAGUUACUCUUCCGAGUUUGUACUUGGCCUCUUCUUCAAGAGGAUGUCCUGAAAGGGGAACACAGGAAUUUAAUUUGUGGCCAAAUUUAAUGAGAAACAGAUGAGGUUCUAAAAUGGUGGUAUGACGCCCUCUCCCUUCUUUGUAGAAUUAAGAUAAUUUUGAUUUUAUAGCCUUUGAGCCUAAAAUAACUUUUGUAAAGAUUAAGCUCAUUUAGAUUUUUUUUUUUUUUUAAUAUUGCAGCAGAAUCUGCUGCAGGGUUCUGUUUUGUUUGCUUAUUUUUAAAUUAACUGUUUUGGAUAGAAGCUUUGGAUACUGCAGGCUUUAGAGGGAGAACCCAAUUUUUCAAUUAUGUUGGCUUUUUAUGAAGCUCGUUAAAUAAAAGUUUGCUACCAAGAUGAUUGCCUUAUUGAAUAGGUCACGAUUAGGGCCCUGUAAGUGUUGAUACCUGCCAUUUCUGGAGAGAGUGUAAAUCCCACUGAAGUGUAAAACAAGGCAAGCCUCAGACCAGCAAUAAAUUAAUCAGUUUGGAUAACCUUA